AUAGAAGAGCUAUUCCAUAUGAAGAUGGGACUGCUGGUGUUUAUGCGUAACGUGCUACUUGCUCUCUGCCUCUUUCUGGUCUUGGGGUUUCUGUAUUACUCAGCUUGGAAACUACAUCUGCUCCAAUGGGAGGAUUCAAAUUCAGUGGUUCUUUCCUCUGACUCCGUUGGACGUUCAAUAGGCUCAGAAUAUGACAAACUGGGAUUUCUUCUGAAGUUGGAUUCCAAACUGCCUCCAGAAAUAGUAUCAAAAUAUGGUAAUAUCUCAGAGGGUGUUUGCAAGCCUGGGUAUGCUUCUGCUUUGAUGACUGCCAUCUUUCCAAAAUUCUCCAAACCAGCACCAAUGUUUUUGGAUGAUUCCUUCAGGAAAUGGGCAAGGAUUCGGGAUUUUCUUCCACCUUUUGGGAUUAAAGGACAAGAUAAUCUAAUCAAAGCCAUCUUGUCAGUAACAAAGAAUUACCACCUUACUUCAACCCUUGACAGUCUUAGCUGCCGACGAUGUAUAAUUGUGGGAAAUGGUGGCAUUCUAGCAAACAAAUCUCUGGGCUUGAAAAUUGAUGACUAUGACAUUGUUAUUAGGUUGAAUUCUGCUCCAGUGAAAGGCUUUGAAAAAGAUGUUGGUGGCAAGACAACAAUGCGGAUAACGUAUCCAGAAGGGGCUAUCCAGAAACCUGAGCAGUAUGAGAAGGAUUCCCUGUUUGUACUGGCAGGAUUCAAGUGGCAGGAUUUCAAGUGGCUGAAGUACAUUGUUUAUAAGGAAAAAGUGAGUGCUUCUGAUGGCUUCUGGAAAUCUGUGGCGACCCAUGUUCCAAGAGAGCCCCAUGAGAUCCGAAUCCUGAAUCCAUAUUUUAUACAGGAGGCAGCCUUCAGCUUUAUUGGCCUUCCUUUCAACAAUGGCUUGAUGGGCAGAGGGAAUAUUCCUACUCUGGGAAGUGUAGCAAUUACCAUGGUGCUCCAUAAUUGUGAUGAAGUAGCUGUAGCUGGAUUUGGUUAUGACAUGAACUCUCCCAAUGCACCACUACAUUACUAUGAGAACAUCAAGAUGUCUGCCAUCAAAGAGUCCUGGACACACAACAUCCAGCGAGAGAAGGAAUUCCUGCGUAAACUGGUAAAAGCUCGAGUAAUCACAGACCUCACCAGUGGAAUCUGA